AUGUCUCAGAAGCAUUUCUGGUGUCUAAUGCUUCGAGAAAUCCAUGAUGAACUGCUUAGAAAACGGCCCAAGCCUGUGCUUGAUCUUGUACCGUACGAUCCUGCCAUUGUUCCACCAUCUUUCCGGAGUGCAACCAAAGAAGAGGAUGAGGAUGAAAGCACAGUUGUCUCUUCGAACAACAUCCCCACUGCCUCAUCAACGGAGGUGAUGGAGGCCGAAGUCCAAGCGGACUGUUUGUUUUGGACGCGUAUCUACUGUCGAAGUUUGUACAAAUUGUGA